AUGGCCGAACACGCUCAAGACUCGGCCAUGCCCACAAGCAUGCAACCAGAGUCUCCAGUUCACAACCAGUCACAGCUCGAGGUUGCGCCUGCAUCGGCUGGACAGAAGCGCUCCCUUGAUGAGGCUUCUGAAGAUGAACCUGCGCUGGAUCAGCAAAAUGCACCCGCAUCUUCAAGUCACGCAUCGCCGGUCCAAAAGAAAUUAAGGAUGAGCGACCCAGGAAUUGGCGAGUCCGAGGUUCAGAAUGAGGAUGCCAUACCUGCAUCGCCCGGCUCACCUGAACUUGAGCCAACCGAAACAUCCAAUAUGGACAUUGGUGGUGAUGAUGAUAAUGACGAUGACGAGGACGAGGACCAGGAUGCUAAUGAUGGAGAUGAUGAAGAGGGCAAUGUCGAAGAAGCUACGCAAAAAGACGAUAAAGCAGCUACCGCUGCAGGCCCUCGCGAUUGGAACAGCGCCUCUCACAAAGUUGUUAGGACCUCGUUUGGGGCCGCAUUACCAACCCUGAAAACACGCGGCGUCUUGAACCGUAUAGGCGCGGACUCAACAGAAACAAAGAACCCGAACGUCGCUGAGAGUAAGGCCGAUGCUUCAAAUGACAAGGCGGGCGUCGAGUCUGCCGCUAGCAAUGGUGAUGCUGUGACCACCGGCAAAUCUAGGUCUAGGUCCAAGUCCAAGUCCAGAUCCAGAUCUGGGAGUGAGGCGCCGGACAGAUCCACAAUGCGCCGCAAAAGCAUUGAUUGGAAGCUUCCGGAGCUCAAGUUGGACGGCAAAGUCGGUCGAAAGAAGCAGUUCCUUGCCUGGUGCGAGGAGUUCUGCUCGGAUAAUGUCUCCAAUGUGGCAAAGGCAGAUGCCAGACUGCUGCGUCGCGGUUACCUGAUCCGCCUGGAAGCCACUUCCAUACCUGAGCAGGUUCGUAAGGAAAGCAAGAAGGCCGCCAGGAACACAGAAUCCUCACAGGUGGACAAGAUCGUCUCUGGCUUCGUUGGUAAUGGCGAGGAAUCUUCCGAGCUGUCCGAGGGAGAGAUAAUGUCCGAAUCGGAACCCGACGACAAGUCAGAAAACAAACCGUCCAGUCUUCUAGACAAGCAGCUGCAACAACUACCAGGAUCUGGCGGGAGCGGCAAAAUCCAGCUAUCCCGGGAGGAAGAGCUGGAGCAGCUUCGCCUCUACUUCCCCCGUGCUUCCAAGACGGACUUCUGCGUCAUCUGCGCCAAAAAUGGGCAUCGCGCAAACGACUGCCCGCCGCCCACCUGCAGACACUGCCAAAAUCAAGACCACACCUCGGCUCAGUGCCCGAAGAGAGUGCGGUGCACCAAGUGCCAACACCUAGGUCACAUUAAAAAGUCUUGCCCCGAGAAGCUCGCCUCAGCCGCCGGCGAGGCAGAGCUGGAGUGCGCCGUCUGCUGCGCGACCGAUCACCUCGAGGACGACUGCGAGUCCCUGUGGUGCACCUACUACCCGGACCCGGAGAACAUCGUCAAGGUCCAGUCCAUCCCGGCCUUUUGCUACUCGUGCGGCGCGGACAACCACUUUGGCGGCGACUGCGGGCUCUACAGCAACAUUUCGACUCACUCCAAGGACGACACCUGGACCGUCGCGAACCGGGAUCUCUACGUCGACCCAGACACCGACGUCCUGCCCGUGUCCUGGGUGCCCCCGCCACCUCCCGACCCCGAACGGCCCGACUUUGGCGGCAGGAGCAUCGUGCCGCAGAGGAACCACAUCUACUUUGAGAGCGACGACGAGGAGGAGGGCGAGUUCAUCCAGCCGCCCGUCCGGAGCCGCGGUCCACCGCCCGGUCGCCAGCAGAUCAGGAUCAACGGCUCGGCCGGCGCUUCAGCUGCAAACGGGACGGGUGGCGGCAGACAGCGUGAGUCGAGGAACCAGAGGAGGAACGAUGGCGGCGGCGGCGGCGGCGGCGGACGAAGUGGUCGGAACCCGCCCCUUCCACCUGGGCCGCCACCGUCGUCUUUGCCUGCCAGGCCGCCUGGAGGGCAGUCGGGCGGAGGUAGCUCUCGGGGCGGCGCUGGGGGCGGACGGAGGGGUAGGGGAGGGUUUAGCAGGGUGAGGGGUGGUCAUAGAUAGGUUGUAGAAACAGAAUAAAGGGCUCACUCACAAUUGAUGUACUUUGAAACUGACUGAGUAAUAAAAUAGUUCUGCCGCAGAAUUCUACUGCAUGACUGUCUGA